AUGAUACCUAUAUCUUUUAAUGAACAACAAAUCGAAGUAACAAGUAAUCAUUUUAUUGAUCCAGAAGAAAGAUUUCGAUAUAAAGAUGCAAAAGAAUAUUUACCAAGUGUAUAUGGUACAUAUGCAAAAGUUAAGAAGAAUAUAAUAUUAUUUAUAAUAAGUGGUUUAGGAUUUUUAUCUGCAUUUGAUGAUUUAAUUUAUGCUCCAGCAUUAUCAGCUGUUGUUCAAGAUUUACAUACAACAGAAACGUUAGGUUUAUUAACAAUAACAGUGUAUGUAUUUGCAAGUUGUCUAUGUGGACUUAUUUGGGGAGUGUUAAGUGAUUGUUAUGGCCGUCGAUUAAUAAUGUCAUUUGGUCUUAGUGGAUUUGUGUUGUCAGUAAUUGGUUCAUAUUUUUCUCCAAAUAUUUCUGUAUUUUUAAUAUGUCGUGCAUUACAAGGAUGUUUUAUUUGUGUAACAUUAAUUGUCGGUCAAGCAACAAUUGCUGAUAUCUAUCAACCGAAUGAACGUGGACGAGCUAUUGCUCUUUUUUAUGGAUUUUAUUUUGUAGCUGCAUUAGUUGGUCCAAUUAUUGGUGGACCAUUAUCUUAUCAUUUUGGUUGGAGAUCAACAUUUAUUUUAGUUGGAUUUCUUGCAAUUUUAUUAUUUAUUACUUAUAUAUUAUUCGUACCUGAGACUCAACAAUAUUUAAUUGUAUGUAAAUAUGAAAAAGCAGGAAUAAAAUUACUUGAAUUUGAUUCACUUGUGAAACCAAUAUUAGAAAAUCCAUGUUUACCAUUAAAAUAUUUAAAAGAAACAACAAUUCUUCCCUAUGUAUUUGUUUUAGCAUUUGGAUAUGUAUCAAUGAAUGUUGCCCAAUUAUUUUUUUCAAUUCAAUUAUCUAAAGCUCCUUAUUAUUAUAAAUCAAAUCUAAUUGGUAUAUUAUAUCUUCCAAUGUCAAUAGCAAAAUUUUCAGGUAGUAUUAUUGGUGGUAGUUUAUCUGAUUAUGCAGCAAUAAAAUAUAUGAAAACAUCACAAAUUGAUGAAGGACAUGUUGUACCAGCAUUAUUAUUUUCAAUUUUAACACCUAUUGGUUUAAUUAUUUAUGGAUGGUCAUUUCAAUAUAGUAUGCAUGUAUCAUUACCUGUUAUUGGAUUAAUUAUUUGUGGUUUAGGUCAAACAGCUACUCGACCUGGUAUUUACUCAUUUUAUACAAUUAAAUAUCAACAAUAUUCAGCUAGUGUUACAGCAGCAAAUAAUUUUGUUCAAUUAUUAUUAACAUCAAUAAUGUUAACAUUUACAGCAAUUAUUGUUGAAUCAAUUGGUAAUGGACUAUAUUUUAGUAUUAUUGCUUUCGGGAAUAUAUUGACAACAAUUGUACCAGCGAUGAUUAUUUCAAGAAAAAUCAGAUUAUCUAAUAUUUCUGUAAAACAUCCCUAG